AAGGGAAGAGGGGUGGGUGGGUAAGGAGGAGAGACAGUGACCCGCUGAGAACCCCAGGAGAGCUCGGAGCCGGAGCCGGAGCUGGAGCUGGAGCCCUAGCCCGAACUGGGCACUGGGAGGCGGCCGCGGAGACCCUUGAGCCCUGCAGGAUGCGUCUCCGGCUCUUCUGCAUCCUGCUCGCCGCGGUCUCAGGAGCCCAGGGCUGGGGCUACUACGGCUGUGAUGAGGAGCUGGUGGGGCCCUUGUACUAUCGCUCCCUGGGUGCCUCCUCCUACUAUGGGCUCUUCACGGCUCCACGCUUCGCCCGACUGCACGGCAUAAGUGGAUGGUCUCCCCGGACUGGUGACCCGAAUCCCUGGCUCCAGAUCGACUUAAUGAAGAAGCACCGGAUCCGGGCGGUGGCCACGCAAGGCUCCUUUAACUCGUGGGACUGGGUCACGCGCUACAUGCUGCUCUACGGCGACCGAGUGGACAGCUGGACCCCGUUCUACCAACAAGGGCACAAUGCGACCUUCUUCGGGAACGUGAACGAGUCGGCCGUGGUGCGCCACGACCUGCACUACCACUUCACCGCGCGGUACAUCCGCAUCGUGCCCUUGGCUUGGAACCCGCGGGGCAAGAUCGGCCUGAGGCUGGGCCUCUACGGCUGUCCUUACAAGUCCGACGUGCUCUAUUUCGACGGCGACGAUGCCAUCUCGUACCGCUUCCCGCGAGGGGUCAGCCAGAGCCUGUGGGACGUGUUCGCGUUCAGCUUCAAGACCGAGGAGAAGGACGGGCUCCUGCUGCACGCGGAGGGCGCCCAGGGCGACUACGUGACACUCGAGCUACAGGGGGCGCACUUGCUGCUGCACAUGAGCCUGGGCAGCAGCCCCAUCCAACCACGGCCUGGCCACACCACGGUGAGCGCUGGUGGGGUCCUCAAUGACCAGCACUGGCACUAUGUGCGUGUGGACCGAUAUGGCCGCCAAGCAAACCUCACCCUGGACGGCUAUGUGCAGCGUUUCAUUCUCAAUGGCGACUUCGAGAGGCUGAACCUGGACAAUGAGAUGUUCAUUGGGGGUCUGGUGGGCGCACAGAAAAACCUUGCCUAUCGGCAUAAUUUCCGUGGCUGCAUGGAAAAUGUAAUCUUCAACCGAGUCAACAUCGCGGACCUAGCUGUGCGGCGCCAUUCGAGGAUCACCUUCGAGGGUAAGGUGGCCUUCCGCUGCCUGGACCCGGUUCCUCACCCGGUCAACUUCGGAGGUCCUCACAACUUCCUGCAAGUGCCUGGGUUCCCUCGACGUGGCCGCCUCGCAGUCUCCUUUCGCUUCCGCACCUGGGACCUCACGGGACUGCUACUUUACUCCAGCCUGGGAGACGGGCUGGGCCACGUGGAGCUGAUGCUCAGUGAAGGGCAGGUCAACGUGUCCAUUGCACAGACCGGCCGAAAGAAGCUUCAGUUCGCUGCUGGGUACCGCCUGAAUGAUGGCUUUUGGCACGAGGUGAAUUUCGCGGCACAGGAAAACCAUGCAGUCAUCAGCAUUGAUGAUGUGGAGGGGGCAGAGGUCAGGGUCUCAUACCCACUGCUGAUCCGUACAGGGACUUCGUAUUUCUUUGGGGGUUGUCCCAAGCCAGCCAGUCGAUGGGGCUGCCACUCUAACCAGACGGCGUUCCAUGGCUGCAUGGAGCUGUUCAAGGUGGAUGGUCAACUGGUCAACCUGACUCUGGUGGAGGGCCGGCGGCUUGGAUACUUUGCUGAGGUCCUCUUUGACACAUGUGGCAUCACUGAUAGGUGCAGCCCUAACAUGUGUGAGCAUGAUGGACGCUGCUACCAGUCUUGGGAUGACUUCAUCUGCUACUGUGAACUGACAGGCUACAAGGGGGAGACCUGCCACCAACCUUUGUAUAAGGAAUCUUGUGAGGCUUAUCGGCUUAGUGGGAAAACUUCGGGAAACUUCACCAUUGAUCCUGAUGGCAGUGGCCCCCUGAAGCCAUUUGUAGUAUACUGUGAUAUUCGAGAGAACAAGGCAUGGACAGUUGUGCGGCAUGACAGGCUGUGGACAACUCGGGUGACAGGUUCGAGCAUGGAGCGGCCAUUCCUGGGGGCUGUCCAGUACUGGAAUGCAUCCUGGGAGGAAGUCAGUGCCCUGGCCAAUGCUUCCCAGCACUGUGAACAGUGGAUCGAAUUCUCCUGCUACAAUUCCAGGCUGCUCAACACUGCAGGAGGCUACCCCUACAGCUUCUGGAUUGGCCGGAAUGAGGAGCAGCACUUCUACUGGGGAGGCUCGCAGCCUGGGAUCCAGCGCUGUGCCUGCGGUCUGGACCGGAGCUGUGUGGACCCUACUCUGCAGUGCAACUGUGACGCUGAUCAGCCCCAGUGGAGAACCGACAGGGGACUGCUGACCUUUGUGGACCAUCUGCCGGUCACUCAGGUGGUGGUGGGGGACACAAACCGCUCCACUUCUGAGGCCCAGUUUUUCCUGAGGCCUCUGCGCUGCUAUGGCGAUCGAAAUUCCUGGAACACCAUCUCCUUCCACACCGGGGCUGCACUACGCUUUCCUCCAAUCCGUGCCAACCACAGCCUUGAUGUCUCCUUCUACUUCAGGACCUCGGCCCCUUCAGGAGUCUUCCUAGAGAAUAUGGGGGGCUCUUACUACCAGUGGUGCCGACCUUACAUACGGGUGGAACUAAACACAUCCCGAGAUGUGGUCUUCGCCUUCGACGUGGGGAAUGGAGAUGAGAACCUGACAGUACACUCAGAUGAUUUUGAGUUCAACGAUGAUGAGUGGCACCUGGUCCGGGCUGAAAUCAACGUGAAGCAGGCCCGGCUCCGCGUGGACCACAGGCCCUGGGUGGUGCGGCCUAUGCCCCUGCAGACCUACAUCUGGCUGGAGUACGACCAGCCCCUCUAUGUUGGAUCUGCAGAGCUUAAGAGGCGCCCCUUCGUGGGCUGCUUGAGGGCUAUGCGUCUGAAUGGAGUGACUCUGAACCUGGAAGGCCGUGCCAAUGCCUCUGAGGGUACCUCACCCAACUGCACAGGCCGCUGUGCCCAUCCCCGGUUCCCCUGUUUCCAUGGAGGCCGUUGUGUGGAACGCUACAGCUACUACACAUGUGACUGUGACCUCACGGCUUUUGAUGGGCCAUACUGCAACCAUGAUAUUGGUGGUUUCUUUGAGCCCGGCACCUGGAUGCGCUAUAACCUGCAGUCAGCACUGCGCUCUGCAGCCCGGGAGUUCUCCCACAUGCUGAGCCGGCCGGUGCCAGGCUACGAGCCAGGCUACAUCCCCGGCUACGACACUCCUGGCUAUGUACCUGGCUACCAUGGCCCUGGGUACCGUCUGCCUGACUACCCGCAGCCUGGCCGGCCUGUGCCAGGUUACCGGGGUCCUGUCUACAAUGUUACUGGAGAGGAGGUGUCUUUCAGCUUUAGCACCGAAUCUGCCCCCGCUGUCCUGCUCUACGUCAGCUCCUUUGUGCGUGAUUACAUGGCCGUGCUCAUCAAGGAAGAUGGGACUCUACAGCUGCGAUAUCAGCUGGGCACCAGUCCCUACGUGUACCAACUAACCACCCGACCAGUUACAGAUGGUCAGCCCCACAGUGUCAAUAUCACCCGGGUUUACCGCCAGCUGUUCAUCCAGGUGGACUACUUCCCACUGACAGAACAGAAGUUCUCACUGUUGGUGGACAGCCAGCUUGACUCACCCAAGGCCUUGUAUCUAGGGCGUGUUAUGGAAACAGGAGUAAUUGACCCAGAGAUCCAGCGCUACAACACACCAGGUUUCUCGGGCUGCUUGUCUGGUGUUCGAUUCAACAAUGUGGCUCCCCUCAAAACCCACUUCCGAACCCCUCGACCCAUGACUGCUGAGCUAGCUGAGGCCCUUCGAGUUCAGGGAGAACUGUCUGAAUCUAACUGUGGAGCCAUGCCACGUCUUUUCUCAGAGGUGCCACCUGAGCUGGAUCCCUGGUAUCUGCCUCCAGACUUCCCAUACUACCAUGAUGAUGGAUGGGUUGCCAUACUUUUAGGCUUUUUGGUGGCCUUCCUGCUGCUGGGGCUGGUGGGAAUGUUGGUGCUCUUCUAUCUGCAAAAUCAUCGCUACAAGGGUUCCUACCAUACCAAUGAGCCCAAGGCCACCCACGAUUACCACCCUGGCAGCAAACCUCCCCUACCUACUUCAGGCUCUGCCCAGGCCCCGCCCUCUACACCAGCUUCCACCCAAGUUCCAGCCCCAGCCCCAGCCCCAGCUCCAGCCCCAGCCCCAGCCCCAGCCCCAGCCCCAAACCCAGUCCCAGCCCCUGGCCCCGGCUCCCGGGACCAAAACCUACCCCAGAUCCUGGAGGAGUCCAGAUCUGAAUGAAUCAGAAGGGCUUCAGGGACCAAGUCCAUUUCCCUGAAUUCCCCAUAACCUGCCUCUACCCAACCCUGUCAGGGACAUUUGACUCCUUUUAGCUGGUUCUGCUCACCCAGAGGAUUCCCCUCCUGCCAAGUUUGGUGGGCAGAGCUACAGAUGGGACCAAAGGGAGUAGCUGAGCCUCACUGCCUAAACCAGUGCCCUGCCCAUUUCCGUUUCCCCAGGCUCCUGGUGGUUUGCCUGCCCCAAAAGGAAAGCCUCAUGGGGUUGAGACAGGUCCUUCCUGCCAUCCCUGUCCCAGCUGCUGCCAGGGAUUAAGAGAGUGCAGGGGAGAUUAACUGUCUCUCUCCAAACAUUCAAUCUCAGCAGGGAUAGAUGUGUGGGAUUGCAGGGAUGCACGAGGUAUGGGGGGAGGAGGCUGCUAAACAUAUCCCCCAGCCUUCCCCCUGCCCUGCACAUCUUCCAUCUGUGUCCACUCAGCUGGGUGGUAGGGAGGGCUUCAUCAUUGGGUCCUACCCUCCUCCUCCUUUUUUGUUUUUUAUAGACUGAGAGGCUUCAGUUUAGCACUUUAGUACCUCUGCUGCUUCAAAUGCUUUAGCCAAAGCCAUAAAAACUUGCAACGUAGAGAAAAUGCAGACACACUGACUAGCCAGCUCCAUACUCUUCCUCCCUCUUCCAAGAUAUGCAAUAGCCUUGAUGCCUGUCAAAAGGCUUAGCCCCCUCUCCAAUGCAUGAGGAGCCCUCUUUCCUCCGCUCAGAGAUGCUGCUUCAUUUGCCCAGGAGGUCACAUUCUUUAAAUAUAUUUUUUGUUGCAAAGUCUCUCUCUAGAGAAACUAUAUAUUAUUCUAAUUUUUAAAUUAUCAGUUUAUAUAUAAAAGAAGAAAAAAGCAAUCGAUUGUCCUGUCCUGUGCUGUGCCUGUGGUCUGUAGUUUGCUUCUCCUGUGUUGGAAGUCCCAUGAGGCCUGCUGGUCACUCAUCCAGCCUGAGUCGGCCUCCACUCUGAAGCUGUGCUCUCAGACGUAGAGCCGUUCUAAUAAAACAGAGUGGCAGAGUCCCA